GCCGAGAAUUGUGGACACCUCUACGGCUUCGGAGAUCCUGCUGCAAAGCGUUCCAAGCUCCAAGAGAUUGUGCAGCAGAGAGAGAAGGAUGUGGCCACUUCCAAGGAGAAGCUUCCACCAGAGCAACUGGCGGAAGCAGCACAGGCCUUCGUCAAAGAGUUCGGCGCGCCGCAAUCACUGGUGGACUGCAUCGGCGAGGCCGAGAAGUCCUCUUGGUCCCUGGCCCUGGCUGCAGAGUUCAAGCGGGCAUCCCCUUCGAAGGGCGACAUCAGCCCUGACCUGGAUGCUGCCGAGCAGGCUCUGGUCUACAGUCACCAUGGUGCGAGCAUCCUCUCGGUAUUGACCGAGCCCAAGUGGUUCAAAGGCACCCUCAACGACCUCAGAGAUGUCCGGGUCAGGACACAGGCCUGGGCCGCCAAGGAGGGAAGACGGCGGCCUGCCUGCCUGCGGAAGGACUUCUUGAUCGAUGAGUAUCAGGUCAUGGAGGCCGUCGCUCACGGUGCGGACACGGUGCUCCUCAUGGUUUCCAUCCUCUCGCAGACCAGGCUGCAGUCGCUGCUGAGCUGCUGCCGGAGCCAGGGCCUGGAGCCCUUGGUGGAAGUCGUGACCGAUCGGGAGCUGGAGGUCGCGCUACGGGCGGGGGCCAAAGUGCUGGGGGUGAACAACCGGAACCUGCACACCCUGGUCCUGGAUAAGCAUCGCACACAGGCCAUCUCCCAGGAGCUGGCACGUCGGGGCGUGGCAGUUGGCACCGAGGUGAAGUUGUUGGCUCUCAGCGGCCUUUCCGGCGCUGAGGACGUGGCACACUGCAGGGAGAUCCGAUGCUCGGGGAUCCUGGUGGGCGAGGCCCUGAUGAGAGCACCGGAUCCAGGUGCCGCCAUCCUGGCCAUGAUGGCACCCAGCGAAGGCGUUGCUGCACUGCCGGUGGCACCGGGGGCUGUACUGGUCAAAGUCUGUGGCGUACGACGCGAGGAGGACGCGUCGUGUGCCGUCUCUGCCGGUGCCAACCUCAUCGGCGUGAUUUUCGCCAAGUCCAAGCGCCAGGCCUCCCAAGAGGAGGCGACAGGCCUGGUGGCCGCGGUGCGGCGUUUCGGGGAGCGCAGCGGUCGGCUGCUGCGUCAAACGGGGAGCCCACCGACUGCACCGACUGCAGCUGCAGCAGCGUUGGCGAAGCAAGCGGCCGCGCUGCGCUCCGCCUGUCAACGGCCCUUGGUGGUGGGCGUCUUUAUGGACCAGGCUUUAGAGGAAGUGUGCAAAACCACCGCUGCAACCGAUGUAGACGUGGUGCAGUUGCAUGGUGGCGAGAGCCCAGAUUUCGUGCGGGAACUGCGGGCGCAGCUGCCAGACCGAUGGAUCAUCAAAGUCGCUCACCUUCCUCCGACUUCGAGCGGCGGGGGCGCGUCCCCGGAAGAGCUUGAGGAGUUGAGGCGAAAGUUGAUGGAGUACUGCGAAGUGUGCGACUCCAUCUUGCUUGACACCGCCGUGAAGGGCAGCAACUCGGGUGGCACCGGUGCGGCUUUUGAUUGGGCCGUGGUGCGGGUGGUGCAGGAGCAGUGGCAGAUUCCGGUGAUUGUGGCCGGCGGCCUCACCGACGCGAACGUGGCGGAGUUGGUAGCGUCCGUUGGCCCUUUCGGUGUGGACGUUGCAAGCGGUGUUGAGGAUGCCCCUGGCAUCAAAAAUGGCGAGAAGACUCCGCGGUAUGUCCGUGAGGCCAAGCGAGCCCGUUUCUCCAAGUGA